CAGUCACCGCGUACCUUCAGAGUAAAAGCUGCUUAUUUCAAGUUUUGGGAGUUAAUUUUACCUGUGGAAUAAUCAUUUAUUAGAUCAAGUUUACAAAUUAAUGAUCGAGAGUUUUACUCUAGAGUGUAACUCAGUAAAAGAUGAUGAAUCUGACUUGUUUCUACCAUCACAAUUUCUAUAUCCUAAUUUAGAAUAGUUUAAAAUAAACGGAGACAUAAACUUGGCAGUAAAAGAAGUUGAGUUCCUGUUUCCGUGUGUCUUAUUUUGAUGAAUCGAACCGGACAUUUAACUUCCUUGAGUUUCACACAUCCACUCUGGCGUUUCUUUGAAGCUGGCACCUCUUGGAUGCGCACAAUCCGGUGGAUUUGUUUUGUCACCCUUGCUGCUUGGUCUUUUUUUCUAUAUUUUGAAAAUGAGACUUUAAAUUUUAAAAGUCUUAUUUGUGAAAGAAAGCGUCUCAAUGUAAUUUUUUUUUCACCGUACCUUCAGCUGUGGAUGGAGUGAUGCGCAGCGUAUCGGUUUGGGAAUAAAACUUGCCGUGCGUCGCCGUGACCCAUCCGUGGUGUCCUCGGUUGGACAGAAACCCUUUUGGUCUGUCAUGGUCCCAAAACUCCCAGAGAGUUUGCUUGGAAAACCAUGGAGCACCGAAAGAGACUCUUCUGUUACAUUGUCGUCGCGGCAGAGCUCUGUUUGGCUUCAGCACAAGUCCUCAGAAUUGGUGGCAUUUUCGAGACCAGAGAAAGUGAGUUAGUGAGCAUGGACGAGCUGGCCUUCAAGUUUGCUGUAAAUAACAUAAACCGCAAUAAGACCUUGAUGCCCAACGCAACUCUAACCUACGACAUUCAGAGGAUCAACGUCUUUGAUGGCUUUGAGGCUUCUAGGAGAGUGUGUGACCAGCUAGCACUCGGGGUAGUGGCUGUGUUCGGACCCUCUCACAGCUCCUCAGUCAGUGCGGUGCAGUCCAUCUGCAACGCUCUGGAAGUUCCUCACAUACAGACUCGGUGGAAGCACCCCUCAGUGGACAACAAAGACACUUUUUUUAUUAACCUAUAUCCUGAAUAUACAGCCAUCGCCAGGGCCAUCCUAGAUGUGGUCACAUUUUUUAAAUGGAGGAAACUAACAGUGGUCUAUGAAGACAGCACUGGUUUGAUGCGCAUGCAGGAGUUGAUUAAGGCUCCAGCUAAAUUAAACUUGAAGAUCAGGAUACGGCAGCUCACCCUUGGCAACCAAGAUGCUCGGCCGCUGCUGAAGGAGCUGAAGAAAGACAGAGAGUUUUUUAUUAUCUUUGACUGUUCUUACCGCACAGCUUCUGAACUUCUAAAGCAGCUUUCAUCUAUGGGAAUGAUGACAGAAUACUACCAUUUUUUCUUCACAACUUUGGAUUUGUUCGCUCUGGACCUGGAACCCUACCGUUACAGUGGGGUCAACAUGACUGGUUUCAGAUUGCUUAACUUUGAUGAUCCGUGGGUGGCUUCGACCAUUGACAAGUGGUCUUCGGACAGAGUACAGGCUCCCAAACAGGAGAGUGGUCUGAUGGAAGGAGUCAUGACAACAGAUGCAGCCUUGAUGUUUGAUGCCGUGUACAUGGUUGCUGUCGCGUCGCAGCGGGCCACUCAGAUGACCGUCAGCUCGCUGCAGUGUCACCGCCACAAGCCCUGGCGCUUUGGACCUCGCUUUAUGAACCUGUUCAAGGAGGCACAGUGGGAUGGACUGACAGGGCACAUUGUACUUAAUAAGACAGAUGGCCUAAGGAGAGACUUUGAUUUGGACAUUAUCAGCCUCCAAGAAGACGGCACUGCCAGAGGUGUUGUGGAGGGCACAAGUCGCCUCACAAAAAGGUGGAUCAAGGUGGCUGUGUGGAACUCAUACAGGGGGAUGAAACUAAUGGAGAAGACCAACCGGGAAAAGAAUACCAAUGUGACAGACUCUCUGGCUAACAGGACUCUGAUUGUCACAACCAUACAGGAAAAUCCUUAUGUGAUGGUAAAAAAGUCUGAAAAGGAGCUGGUUGGAAAUGACCGUUAUGAGGGAUACUGCAUGGACCUUUUGAAGGAGCUCUCCAACAUCUUGGGUUUUACAUAUGAAGUCCGGUUGGUGGGUGAUGGGAAGUAUGGAGCUCAGAAUGAUAAGGGAGAAUGGAACGGGAUGGUCCGGGAGCUAAUCGACCAUGUCGCAGAUCUUGCUGUGGCUCCCUUGACUAUCACUUACGUUCGAGAAAAAGUGAUUGACUUUUCCAAGCCCUUCAUGACUUUAGGAAUCAGUAUCUUGUACCGGAAACCCAACGGUACCAAUCCAGGCGUGUUCUCCUUCCUCAACCCUCUGUCCCCGGACAUCUGGAUGUAUGUGCUACUAGCCUGCACUGGGGUCAGCUGUGUGCUCUUUGUGAUUGCAAGGUUUACACCAUAUGAGUGGUACAACCCACAUGCCUGCAAUCCAUCCUCAACUUUGGUACAGAACAACUUCACCCUGCUCAACAGUUUCUGGUUUGGCAUUGGAGCGCUAAUGCGACAAGGCUCUGAAGUGAUGCCUAAGGCUUUGUCUACCCGUAUAGUUGGGGGUAUCUGGUGGUUUUUCACCUUAAUUAUCAUAUCCUCCUACACGGCCAACUUGGCAGCCUUCCUGACAGUUGAAAGAAUGGAUGCCCCCAUCGACUCUGCAGACGACCUCGCCAAACAAACAAGGAUUGAAUACGGCGCAGUGAGGGACGGCUCCACAAUGACAUUCUUUAAGAAAUCAAAGAUCUCCACCUAUGAAAAGAUGUGGGCUUUUAUGAGCAGCAGGAAAACAGCUUUAGUGAAGAAUAACAAGGAAGGCAUCACUCGUGUGCUGACAACUGAUUAUGCCAUGCUGAUGGAAUCCACUAGCAUCGAGUACAUCAGCCAAAGAAACUGCAACCUUACACAGAUCGGAGGGCUCAUAGACUCCAAGGGCUACGGAGUAGGAACACCUAUUGGCUCCCCCUACAGGGACAAAAUCACAAUCGCCAUCCUCCAGCUGCAGGAGGAAGGGAAGCUACACAUGAUGAAGGAGAAGUGGUGGAGGGGCAAUGGUUGCCCAGAGGAGGACAACAAGGAAGCCAACGCUUUGGGUGUGGAGAACAUUGGUGGGAUCUUCAUUGUUCUUGCUGCCGGUUUGGUGCUUUCCGUUUUUGUCGCAAUUGGAGAGUUCAUCUACAAGGCCAGAAGGAAUGCAGACAUUGAGGAGUGUGCGUCUUUUGGUGCUGUGAUGGAGGAGUUGGGUAGAUCCCUGCAGUGUUACAAAGGUGUCCGGAGCAGGUCGCGACCUCAAAGUGCAACGAGGUCCCCCUGCAUCUUCUGUCAGCCAAAACGCUCUGCAAAAAGGGACGGAGGGAGACGAGACUCCAGCGCUUGAGGCUUGGAUCCAAAACUUGAUGCAAUUUACAUCAGACUGAAGUUAACUUACUUUUUAUCUUCUCUAAAUUUUUUGUGAGACACAAGUUCAAAAAUAUAUAUAUAUUUAUAUUUCUUUCAUCCCCUUUUCUUUAGAUUGAUUGUCUGUGUGAAGCACUACUGUAGAUGUAGUUUACAGCAUCAUAGCCCUGUAAAAACAACACGUGUCAAAAAUUUUAAACUCUUAUACGUUAUUCAUAGUCCCUCGUCUUUAACUGUUAACAGUUUGUAAAGUUAAAUCUGCAAACUUUAUAAAGUAUCCCAUGGUGUAAAUGUGAAGCAGCUUUACUGAUUUUCAAAAUAAAUACUUUUUUUUGUUGUU